AAAGCGCUCCGAACGUGCCCAAAAUUCCUGCUCUUCAAAAUCAAACGAAAAACUUGAAGUCAUACGCGUAAUGGACUGAAGAACUUGUCUUAGACUUCUCCGAUUUUGGUGUUAUGUGGGAAAAUUACCAAGACAAGGAAAUCCUUUUUAAAAAAUCUCAUAAGGAAAUUUAAGUAAUAACACUUUUAAAACUUUAAUAAAAUCUUCACCAACAAAAUAUAGUUACAAACAAUAAAGAUCCACUCUUUAAUAUUUAAUAAACCACAAACACGCCGAAAUUGCACAUCAAAUAAAAGUGUUCCCUAACCCAAAAUAUAAUCUUUACAAAUCUCGCAAAAAGCAAACUGCCAAAAAACGCAAUUUUGUCAAGAAACAGCAGCGUGCAACAUGUGACGUCACAGGCAUAAGGCAGCCGCCGACCGCGGAGUGGAAAUUAGCAGGCAGAUACAGUAACCGAAUCGGAAUGGGCAGUGGGUGGUUUUGGCGAGGCGGAGGAGGAGGAUCGGGCCGGAUGGCCAACAUGAAAGGACGACACUCGACACCAAAUGGGGCAGCAGCUGGAAACCGCAGGAACAGCAACGGCAGCAAAGGCAGUGUCCACUCUGGCAUUCUGUUAUUCGUGCUGACAGCGCUGACACUAACGAGCUUAAUAACGCCCACAGAGCAGCUGGCCGUGGCGCCAAAUGGUACCACUCCGCAGCAACUGGACCCCGAGUCCGUGGAAUCGAUGGCCGGCGACUUUUACCGAGCCACAAAUGGCAGCCUCAACGGGACAAUGGCGCCCAACGUGGGGCCCCACCUGGACCACAAACACCGAACGGUGCCGGGGAACGGGAGCCACUACCUGGACUACGACGAGGAUGCGGGUGCAGACUGCUCGUACAGCUACAACUUCAUCCUGAAGCUGAUCACGAUGAUCCUGUACGCCCUGGUCUGCAUCAUCGGGCUGUUCGGCAACACCCUGGUCAUCUAUGUGGUGAUGCGCUUCUCCAAGAUGCAGACGGUCACGAAUAUAUACAUCCUGAACCUGGCCAUCGCCGACGAGUGCUUCCUGAUCGGCAUCCCCUUCCUGCUGUACACCAUGCAGGUGGGCAACUGGUCCUUCGGCAACUACAUGUGCAAGGCCUACAUGGUGAGCACCUCGAUCACCUCCUUCACCUCGUCGAUCUUCCUGCUGAUCAUGUCGGCCGACCGCUACAUAGCCGUGUGCCACCCCAUAUCCUCGCCCCGCUACCGCACGCCCUUUGUCUCCAAGCUGGUCUCGGCCUUCGCCUGGAUGACCUCUGUGCUGCUGAUGCUCCCGGUCAUCCUCUUCGCCAGCACCGUCCAGUCGAGCAACGGGAACGUGUCCUGCAACAUCGAGUGGCCCGACACCCAGAACUCGCACACCGACUCCACCUUCAUCCUGUACUCCCUGGUCCUGGGCUUCGCCACCCCGCUGACCUUCAUCCUGGUCUUCUACUGCCUGGUCAUCAGGAAGCUCCACACGGUGGGGCCCAAGCACAAGUCCAAGGAGAAGAAGCGCUCGCACAGGAAGGUCACCAAACUGGUGCUCACGGUAAUAAGUGCCUACAUAUUUUGUUGGCUUCCCCACUGGAUUUCUCAGGUGGCUCUGAUUAGCUCGGCCCCGCAGCGCUGUGCGUCCCGCCUGGAGCUGGCCGUGUUCCUGGCCUGCGGCUGCCUCAGCUACUCCAACUCGGCCAUGAACCCCAUCCUGUACGCCUUCCUCAGCGACAACUUCAAGAAGAGCUUCAUGAAGGCCUGCACCUGUGCGGCGCGCAAGGACGUGAAUGCCCAGCUGCAGCUGGAGAACAGCUUCUUUCCCAAGUUCGGCAAGGGCAGGCAGUCGGAGCGGCUGCUUGGGGCCGUCGGAAAAGGUGGCGCCCAACGUGGGGCGUUGGCCAAGAAGAAGGCAUCGUCGUCGAGGAACAACAAUGCCCCGAUGGCCACCGCCACGACCACGACAACGACCACCACGGCGGGCACGGAUGCAGUGACCUGCCUGCAGCCGGCAGUUCACCAGGUGCCCGCCGAAAUCCAGGUGGGCAGCCCGGCCACCGUGCUGGUGGUCAACGCGGAGACCAACAACUGUAAGCCCCCCGUGCUCCACACGGACUUAUAAGACCGGGCUCCCUCGAUGCCCCUGGAAACGGUGGUGUUCAUCGCCCGGAGGUGAGAUCGGCGGAUGCAACUGGAACUGGAACUGAUGUGCCAGUCGGAGUGCUUGCUGUAGGCUAAGCCCUCACUGAAACGAUAUUGAUAUUUUAUACCACUAAGGUAGGGCCUUGCGAAAACGGAAACAAGUAGUACGAUUUUUAUAAGGUUGAAUCUCACAGAAUAACAUCGCAAAGAAUGUAUGCUGACUUACAAACGGUUUUAUUUUUAUUAUUACUAACAAAUAAAGUAGUUGUUUACAUUACAUUCAAAAAGAACUAUAAAUACUAAAAUUUACUUAGAAAAUAUUUAUUUUUCAAUAAAUAAACCUGUAGGAAUUUUUUAACAAUCUAAAAGCUUUCCAGCGAAUAUAAAAAUAUUCUGAAUUUAUAUUAGACAGUUCCAUAGGCCACUUUAAGUUUUUUGAUUAAGUUUCCUAUAAAUAUAAAAUCGAUUCACAGUGAUUUAAGUCUCAAGGGCACAUAACAAAUGAAUAAUAUCAUAUUUUUUACCGUUUUCUCAUUGGCAGGCUUAUCAGAUAAACGUUUAUAUAAGUUUUUCGAAUUAUUAAGUGUGCAUAAUUUUAUUGGCGUUUUCAAAUUUACAUACUCCGCUAGAAUAAGCUUGAAAACCUUUUAAAGUUAGCAAGUUAGAAUAAGUUUGUGUAGCUGGUUGUGGAGCAGUUGGGAAAUAGAAAAAGUUACUAAUGUAAGCCAAAGAUUUAAUCUUAAUGUUCAAGGAAAGACUUUGAAAUGCAGCAAAUAAAACAUGUUUGAUUGAAGUCGACAGUUUACAAGGGUUCAUUUAAAUUAAAAUUAAAAACCAAACAUAAUAAUUCCAUGAUUGCAAAUAAUUCCAUUGGAAAUAAAACUUACAAGUAUUCAAUGAAAAACUCUAUAAAUCGAAUUAAACUGCAAUGUGAUUGUACAAAAUAUAACAUGAACAAAAAACUGGAAAAUUUGCAUAACGAUUCAUAACAGUAAUCUUAAACGAAGCUUAAUUAACCGUGUAUAUUUUAAUUUACAUUAAGCUAAACGUUUUUUAAGCACACGCGUGCAUUAACUCAAUUGUGCGGCCAAUAAUGAUAAUUGAAUUCAAUUAAUGCUAAUGAAGUAAUAAAAACAUACUGAACUGUGGCCAUAAAUAUUAAAUAGUGUCGAAAAUAUAGCAAGCAAAUACAAUUACAAUAGAUUCCUCCUUCAUUGUUUGCGUAACCCAAAAUAGUUGUACAACAAAACUGUUCAAACAAACUCACAGUAAACUAAUGUUAGUAUUUAUCAUUGACUUGAUUAUUGUAAACAAUAGCCAGAAUUAUCGUUGGCAAAUGUGGGAAAUCACUUUUCCCCCAUUAAUGUAUUUGUACUUUUGAAAGUAAACUUAGGCUAAUCCGUACAUAAGAUUAAUUAUUGAUAUGUGUAUUUGUUAAUUGUCCAAAAAAUACAGGAAAAUGAAUGAAAACCAAAAAGGAUUAAUGUAACAUUUUUCAAUUUUAAGUGUAACUUGAUUGAAGCUAAACGUAUUUGCUAUAGAUAAAUGUAAGUGCAAUUUAAGUGCUUGAAAAUUGAAAUAUAAAAAUAAACAAUAUUUUAAA